AUGUCUGCUGCGGGACAGUCAUCCAUUACGGUGGCAGUCCGCGUGCGACCUUUCACGAUCCGCGAGGCCGCACAAGUCAGACAUAAGAAUGACGAUGGUACGGUCUUCCUGGGCGACGGCUCUCUGGCCGGCCUACCUACACCAAAAUUGAACCAACGAGGCAUCCGAAACGUUAUCAAGGUCAUGGAUGGCCGUUGCCUAGUAUUUGACCCUCCGGAAGACAGCCCCGUACACAGAUUCUCCCGCUCCGUCGUGCCCGCGUCGAAGAAGACCAAGGAUCAGGUAUUUGCCUUUGAUCGCGUUUUUGACGAUGCAACAACGCAGUCCGAUGUCUACGAGGGAACAACAAAGCAGCUUCUCGACAGCGUCCUCGAUGGCUACAAUGCUACUGUUUUCGCCUACGGCGCGACGGGCUGCGGCAAGACACACACCAUUACCGGAACCCCCCAGCAGCCAGGAAUCAUUUUCUUGACCAUGCAAGAGUUGUUUGAGAAGAUUGAGGAGCGAAGUCAGGAGAAGACGACUGAGCUGAGUCUCAGCUACCUCGAAAUCUACAACGAGACGAUUCGCGAUCUGCUUCUCCCUGGUGGCAGCAAGUCUGGCCUUAUGUUGCGCGAAGACAGUAACCAGGCCGUCACCGUACCAGGUCUCACCAGCCACCACCCCAAGGAUGUCCAGGAGGUCAUGGAUAUGAUAGUCAGGGGAAACGAGUACCGCACGGUUUCGCCCACCGAGGCGAAUGCUACUUCGUCGCGUUCACACGCCGUGCUCCAAAUCAACAUCGCCCAGAAGGACCGAAACGCCGAUGUCAACGAACCUCAUACCAUGGCUACGCUCAGUAUCAUUGACCUGGCUGGUUCAGAACGUGCCUCUGUCACCAAGAACCGUGGCGAACGUCUGACCGAGGGCGCCAACAUCAACAAAUCGCUCCUGGCCUUGGGAAGCUGCAUCAACGCCCUUUGUGACCGCCGAGGCCGUGCCCACGUUCCUUACCGCAACAGCAAACUGACACGGCUUCUCAAGUUCUCUCUGGGCGGCAACUGCAAGACGGUCAUGAUUGUAUGUGUCUCGCCAUCGAGCGCGCACUACGAUGAAACGCAGAACACUCUUCGAUACGCGAACCGAGCAAAGAAUAUACAGACCAAGGUUACGCGCAAUGUCUUCAACGUCAACCGGCAUGUCAAGGACUUCUUGGUCAAGAUUGACGAGCAGAGAGCGCUCAUCGACGAACUGCGUGCACAGCAAAAGGACGCCGAAAACAUAUUUCUCGCCAAAUUCCGCAAGCAGUGGGAGAAGAGGAAUAUGACUACACGUGAGGGUGUCCAGCGCCUACAUAUGGCCUACGAGCACUCGGCUGGAGAGCGCCAAGAGCGCAUCAACAGUAUGAAGAAGCUUAAGGCCUUUGAGCGUCGUAUUGGCCUGCUGUCUGGGUGGAUUGCAGCAUUUGAUGCUGUCUGCGACCAGCGUGGAGGCGAGGAUGACUCGAUGCCUCAAAACCUGACGGCUAUUCGCAAGAUGGCUAAUGGCAUCCUACUGGAACUUGAAGCCAGCCGUCGGCACAUCCAACAGAAACUUGAGAAGCCAGCGUGGGAGCGUCCCAUCGACAUCGCAUUAGAUCACGGCCUCAGGCAGCUGGAGAGCUCUGAAGGAACAGACACUGGAGAGAUUGCGAAGCUUGAACAGGAAGCCGAAAUACUCAAAAUCACGUUCAAUCGUGAAGCGUACCACGAGGUGCUCGAGCAUGACCGGAUGGGCGAUGCCGCCAUGGUGCAGCAGCUGCUGACUGCGCAGUUUGAGAUGCUUACUUCCAUGACGGACACGCUCUCCAUGGGAGAGGAGGAGGCUGUUUCCCACGCCAAGGAGAUUAUCCACCGUCUCCUCGAGGUGGGCUACAAGUCCGUGUCGCAGGUUGUGAAGCCCGAUGGUUCUCUGCCUGUCGUCGACAUCUUCCCACCUAAUAAGAAGGGCACACCCAAACGCAGGAAGUCGCUCAGGACUUCUUUCAAGCCUGUGGAGCCGCCGAGCUUCGCUGCAGCGGCCCCGAGAGAGGCUUCCGUCUUUACCAGCCCCAUGAAAGGUUCGCCUAGGAGGCGAAAGGUUGCCAGUGCCACCAAGAAGGGCAUCAGCUUUACUCCCGUCAAGAAGACCAAGGGGAGGGGUGUGAGGUGGCGUGAUGACGAGUCGGAGCAGGGAACAUUGGAAGAUUUCGAAAAGACCCCCCAGAAGCGGCCUCCAACAGACGAGUCAUUGAUCGAACAAACACCUCCACCUCCUGUGCCGGCACCAGUCUUCGAACCCAUGUCCAUCGUCCAGCAAGAGCCUACCAUUCUUGAAGAGUCUAGCCCUAAGCCCGAGGAGUCGGAAGCUCAAUCAGCCACAGCAACAGCUCCUCCUAGCGGCAUCCCAGCAGCCAGGCCCGGUCGCUUUCAAGCUGGCUUCCUGUCAAAGGGACCGCGGUCAUCCACAUCACAGGGGGACUCUCCAACCCUGAACCCGCCAACCUUUAGCAUGCGUCUCAGUGGAUCUCCCUCAGGCUCGGAGGGAAGGACUCCGCCUGCUCUUCGAUCUCUGGAUGUAUCUAAGAUGGGAAACUUAUCGCCGUCGUCCCUACGCUACGGAUUUCGUCGCUCCAGCUCGAGCCCCAGCACUGACAACAAGAAAUCAACACUCGACGAGAACAAGCCUCCCAUCUCCCAAGCGACUUCAUCAGGCUCUGACUCCGAGACGAGCAUGCUUGACUCGCGCAAGCUACGGAGCGCCAUGCACAACGCCAACAAAGCCAAGAGGGUGAGCACCAUGACAGCCACCGCUACAUCAAACGCGAAGCGUACGUCGAGCAUCGGUACGCUCCACGGCGACCGCCCUGCUGGACCCAGGCCUAGUAUGCCUGGCUCUUCGUCGUACGCUCUGGCGAGCACCACGAACGGCAUCUCCAGGAGCCGCCGGGGCAGCACUGAUCGCCGCAGAAGCCCGCCCAUGACUUGUGCACCGGCGGAGCUUGGUGAGAGAGCUCUCACCGCAGGACAGGCCAGGCGUAUGAAUCUGGGCGGGAGCAUGAGGUCCGAAAGGACACAAAACAAUGCCGAUGGAAGAAACAGCCCACAGGAGACACGCCGCGCCACUAUCGGCGUUGGAGUACCACCGGCUGCCGCGGCUCAGAAGAAGCAGGCUGACGGCCGUGCUAGCCUCGCUUCACGAUGA